AUGCGUCGGCGCUCAGUGCCAAGUUUGAAGUGUGGGACCAUGGUGGCCCUCAUCUGCGUCAUGUACUCGGUCAUGGCGGCCUUCUCGUCCACGGGCAUCUACUCGACCAACCCGUGCACAACACCAGCAGCGGCGCCGUCGCCCAUGGACGUCUACCGCGAGCAAAUGGAGGCCUACUGGAGCAAGAGCGAGCUGUAUCGGGAUUUGCACGCGCCGCCAACGAUGCCCACCGAAGACGACGAGUUGCCCGAGAGCUCGAGCCGCCGCCUACGCACGUCGCCAUAA